AUGGAAAUCAGAUCAUUGAAGCUUUCCAGUGACAUGCGCUCGUUCAUGUACGAAUUCACAGGUCUUACCAACGAGCAGGCUCACUUGGACCUUUACUACUCACUUCGACAACUACGACUUAUUUCGGCUACUUCAACCCGUCGUAUACGAUCUCCGGAAGAAUCUACGCUAACCCUCGGCAACAUUAUCCAGCAAACUGGGCAGGACAUUGGCCGUCCACUAUGGAAAACUGCUCCCAAUGGAGAAACCGCACCAAGGUCAGAAUUGCGUGCCGUGUCUACUGCCCAGCGCAGGCGCUGGGCGAAUGAGCCAGACCGGUACGAACACGACCCUGGAAUACCGCAGGAUCUUCACCAGAUGCACGCUCGCGAGUGGCAGCAGCAUGACGAACAGGCUUUCAACCCUGAUGCGCGCGAUAAUUAUGCCCAGAGGUAUUGGCAGGAUCCGCUGGUCCAGGGGGAUGGAAGGCCUGGUGGAGCGUUGCACGGCACGGGUAACUCGGAGGAUGCGCUUCGGGACCCUGGGGCUCCUUAG